CGCACGUACGUUCUCAACUGGUUUCGCAUCAGAAUCUUGAGAAGUUAACGUUAUGUCUGGAAGAGGCAAAGGCGGUAAGGGACUCGGGAAAGGAGGCGCUAAGCGUCAUCGUAAGGUUCUGCGUGAUAAUAUCCAGGGCAUCACCAAACCCGCCAUCCGCCGUCUCGCUCGCCGCGGUGGGGUCAAGCGUAUCUCCGGUCUGAUCUACGAGGAGACCCGCGGUGUGCUGAAGGUGUUCCUGGAGAACGUGAUCCGCGACGCUGUGACCUACACUGAGCACGCCAAGAGAAAGACCGUCACCGCCAUGGACGUCGUGUACGCGCUCAAACGACAGGGACGCACUCUUGACCAUCGCUCAGGGCGGCAAACCAUGGCAAGAACCAAACAAACCGCCCGUAAAUCCACCGGCGGCAAAGCCCCGAGGAAGCAGCUCGCUACCAAAGCCGCCCGUAAGAGCGCUCCAGCCACCGGCGGCGUGAAGAAGCCUCAUCGCUACAGGCCCGGCACCGUGGCUCUGCGAGAGAUCCGUCGCUAUCAGAAAUCCACCGAGCUGCUGAUCCGCAAGCUGCCCUUCCAGCGUCUGGUGCGAGAGAUCGCUCAGGACUUCAAGACGGACCUGCGCUUCCAGAGCUCAGCUGUCAUGGCCCUGCAAGAGUCCAGCGAGGCUUAUCUGGUCGGUCUGUUCGAGGACACCAACCUCGUAGUGAAUUUGAAAGUUGUAAACAUGUCUGGAAGAGGCAAAGGCGGUAAGGGACUUGGAAAAGGAGGCGCUAAGCGUCACCGUAAGGUUCUGCGUGAUAACAUCCAGGGCAUCACCAAACCCGCCAUCCGCCGUCUCGCUCGCCGCGGCGGAGUCAAGCGUAUCUCCGGUCUGAUCUACGAGGAGACCCGCGGUGUGCUGAAGGUGUUCCUGGAGAAUGUGAUCCGCGAUGCUGUGACCUACACCGAGCACGCCAAGAGAAAGACCGUCACCGCCAUGGACGUCGUGUACGCGCUGAAACGACAGGGACGCACUCUGUACGGCUUCGGAGGCUAAAUAUAUCUGUACACUUCUAAAAACCCAACGGCUCUUUUAAGAGCCACCCA